AAAACAUUAAACAUUUAUAACCUUCCAAAUUUACAUUUUCCCAUACUCUCUCUAGCUGUCCUGUCUCUCACACUUUAUCUCUCAAAUAAAUACACAUAUAUAUCUCCCCCACAUUCGCCGGAAUCUGGUCAUUAAAGAUUCCCCGGAAAACUCUAAAUCUCCGGCACCAAUGUCUUUACCGGCCAUAACUUUCCUUGUCAUUAUUUCUCUAAUAAUAAUCCCCUCAUCACUUUCCCAACAAACAUGUUCAUCACAAAAAUUCACAAACAACAAAAUUUACACACGUUGUAGCGAUCUUCCAACGCUAAAAUCAUUCCUACAUUGGACAUAUGAUGUUUCAAAUUCUACCCUUUCUGUUGCAUUUAUUGCACCACCAAAUAAACCUGAUGGAUGGAUUUCUUGGGCUAUAAAUCCAAAUGGUGUUGGUAUGGUUGGGUCACAAUCUCUUGUCGCAUUUAAAAACCCCAGUGGAAAAAUGGUUGUUAAGACGUAUGAUAUUACGAGUUAUAGUGAUAUUAAAGAAUCAAAUAAGUUGUGGUUUGAUGUUAAAGAGGUUGAAGCUGAGUUUUCAGGUGGGUUUAUGAGGUUGUUUGCGACAGUUGUGUUGCCGGAAAAGGGGAAAACGAGGUUGAAUCAUGUGUGGCAGGUGGGGCCUGCGAUUAGUAAUGGUUUUCCUGCAAAGCAUGAUUUUCAGCCAGGUAAUUUGAAUUCUAAAGGGACACUUGAUUUGGUGAGUGGUGAAAGCAAAAGUGGUGGUGGUUCUGGUGAUUCUAAGGUCAAGAAGAAAAAUAUACAUGGAAUCCUUAAUGCUAUUAGUUGGGGAUUUCUGUUUCCAGUCGGGAUCAUCAUAGCGAGGUACAUGAGGACUUUCAAAUCUGCUGAUCCAGCAUGGUUUUAUCUUCAUGUUUCCUGCCAAUGUUCUGCUUAUGUUAUUGGAGUUGCUGGUUGGGCAACUGGUCUUAAGCUUGGAAAUGAAUCAAAGGGUAUCACAUAUGAUGUCCAUCGUAAUAUUGGGAUUGCACUCUUCUGUCUUGCAACAUUGCAGGUUUUUGCCCUGUUAUUGAGGCCGAAGAAGGACCAUAAGUACAGAUUUUACUGGAAUAUCUACCAUCACGGAGUUGGCUAUAUAAUACUUAUCCUCAGUUUGAUUAAUAUAUUCAAAGGUCUCAACAUACUAAAUCCAGCAACAAAGUGGAGAUCUGCGUACGUUGGUAUACUAGUGGUGUUAGGAGCAAGCGCGCUGUUGUUGGAAGUGAUUACCUGGAUUGUUGUGUUAAAGAGGAAAUCUAACAAAUCCACCAAACCAUAUGAUGGUUGAUUUUUACACUUGACAGGGGGGACUAUAAAAUCUGACUUUCAUAAUCGGUUGCUACUGUUAUUACUACCUAAAUCAGUUUAUAUAUAUUUAAAUUUGCAUGAAGCUAUUUUUUUUUAUCCCCUAGUUCUUCUGUUCGCCUCAUUGUACAAUUGGCUUCGAGACUCAGGUUGUGUAUAAAUAUUAAAUACGUGACUUGACCACUUCAGUUGAACAA